AUGCCAAAGACGCCCAUCCCAGCCUUUGAAGCAGAGCUUGCUUCUCUCAAGGCACCCGUGUCGCAAGACAAGAUUCGCACCUUGACCAAACUUGCACUCACCGACUACUUCAAGUACUUCAAGUUUGUGGUGUUCCACAUUGAGCGGUCCAUCUCCAAGGCUCGCUCCGAUCUCAAAGUGCCUCUGCUCUAUGUCAUCGACUCCAUCAUCAACAACUCUCGGCACAAGUAUGGAGACGAGGACGUGUAUGCGCCUCGAUUCGGAAAGGCCAUCAAGCCAACCUUCCAGCAUCUCUUCAAGUGCAGCUCCGCAGAUCAGAAACGCGUGAUGCAAGUGCUGAAACUGUGGAAGAAGAACAACGUCUAUUCAGAGGAGCUGAUUGAUUCGCUGGUUCCGCCCGCGCUGCGCGAGGAUUUUGCCCCCAAACCCGCCGCGAAACCAGACACACAGGGACACCCAGAUCCCAUUGAGAGCAUCUUGAACAGCUUUGCGUACGAUGAUGAGGACGAUUCUGCUGGUGGUGCUCGCACAACGCCGCCACCUGCGCAAACAUCAGCUGCACCAGCGGAACAGCAGCAGCCGCAAUCACACACACAGCCGCCUGCGCAGGGCGAGACACCAUCGUCAGCAGCGCCCACCAAUGCAUCUGCUGAUGCAAAUGCUCUUGGUUCGUUGGCGGCCUUGUUUGGCCAGGGAGGUGGCGGAGUGUCGGAGUCUGAUAUCCUUGCCCAGCUGUCUGCCAUUGUAAAUGAAGGCGAUGAAAGCACCACCCCGCGUCCAUCGAGUGAGCAACAACAAGCUGCACCACCGCAGCGCGUGCAAGACCCGCGCGCCGCGCUCUUGGGUCAGGCUGCGCAGCCACCAGCCACCACCACCACCACCACCCACACCCCUCCACCCGCACCGCAGCAGCAACAGACAUACGACCAACACAGCCACACCCUGCACGCGCUACAGCAACAGCAGCAGCGGCAGCAGCAGCAGCACCAGGCUAACAGUGUGCUUGGUGCGCCGCCACCCAAGGCCGACAUGUCGCCCGAGGAGAUUCUGCGACAGAUGCCGCCCGCCGCUAACGAAUGCCCCGAGGGCUGCAUUCGACUGGCGAGCUCGACGCUGUGGAUUGGCAGUCUGCCGUCUGACAUCACCAAGGAGCAAGUGCUGCGCCUCGUCCGCGACUACGGUGUCCUCAAGCCGGGCCACAUCAAGGUUGAUCCUGCGAAGCACCAAGCGUUUGUGAUUUUGAGCUCGCACCAGGCGACGGGGGCGGCGCACAAUGCGCUCAACAACACGGAGGCGUUUGGCCGCACCAUCCAGACAAACUUUGCGCGCGGGUUCCGGCAGCGCAACAACAUUGGCUGGGAUGUGCAAACAGGCUAUUCCUUCCUGCCCCUCGGCGAUGUGGAGCCCACCGACCUCCGCGGCUACACCCAGGGCUGUGUUGUCGACCGCGCCACCUGCCCCGCACACCUCCUCCAGGACCUUGACCGCUUCCCGCACGUCCACUUCCGCACGCAGCCGGACCUCCUUCAGCUUGCCUAUGGCGACCGCGCCCCCCGCGGCCUGCGCCCGGGCCACGUUGCCCCCGCCCUUCGCCAGCCGGGCGAGGACGCCGACGGCCUUCCACGCCUCGUCUGGGAGGACCGCGAUCUCCGCGACGCGCGCCCACGCCGCCGCUCACGCUCGCCCCCACCGCGCAGAGGCUACGACAGGCGGGACCGCAGUCAUCGCGGUGAUCGCGGUGAUCGUGGUGAUCGCGGUGAUCGCGGUGACCGUGAGCGAGGAGCACCACCCCACCGCCCGUUUGGCCGCGGUGGGCGGCGCCACGAGGACGACGAGGACCUGGAUGACGUGUUUGCCAUCCGCAACAAGGGCCGCACGCGCGCCAGCAGCAUGAGCCCGGACCGCCGUGAUGGCAGUGGCAGUGGGCGACGUGACGGCGAUGAUGGCGGUGUACGCCGCAGGUCCCGCUCACGCUCACGCUCGCCGAUUCGCAGCCGGGAUGUUGGGCACGCCAACGGCCACGCGCCAGCUGCUGCUGCUGCUGCUACUGGUCGGCAUCCUCAGCCUCAGCCGCAGCAGCACCAGCAGCAGCAUCAACCACAACCGGACAAUGUCCAUCCUGAGCGCGCAGCCCAGGUGCCGUCGGCUGUUGCUCCAGGUAUGGCACGCCCCUCUCCGCCACACCGCCCACCACACCCGCACCACCCACAGCAGCACAGGCCGCCACACAUGCCGCCAGCACCCCACAUGCGUCCGCCCAUGCCGCCGCCACCGCAUCGGCCAGGGAUGCGACCGGAGCAUCCUCGCAUGAUGCGCCCGCCGUUCCCGCCACACCCAUACACGCAGGCACAGGCGCACGCGCACGCACAGCAGGCGCCAAAGCCCGGGGGUGUGCUCCCCACUUCCGCUCCCGCACCGGCCCCACACCGGCCACCCCCUCCGCACGCCAACAGGCAGCAGCCACCGCAGCAGCAGCAGCAGCAGCCACGCAAGAGCCGGUGGGGUCAGCCAACGCAGCCGCCACAACAGCAGCACAGACACGAUGCCCCACUGCUCACCCCGCCCGUUCAGAACUGGGUUGCGCAGCAAUAAUAUCCAACCCAACUGUGUGUGUGUGUGUGUGUGUGUGUGU